AUGGCCGAUAAUCGCGGAAGGCCACCUAAAUUGCCGCCGCGCCCAGAUUCGCAGUCGGAUAGACCGACAUGGACCGUAACGCGGAGAGAAAGGACCGAACUUUCACCGUUACGAUCAACUUCACCAUUUCAAUCACGAACGGUGACGACAACUGAAAGAGUGCAAAUUCUACAGAUGCCUAUUAAUCUUACUGAACAGCAAAUUGAACCAGCUCGCUUAUUGGCGCUGUCACCCCACGGCAAUCCUACCCAAUCCGUUUCCUCGACGGUCACCACGUUGGCAGCUGAGGGAAUACCACUAAUUUCUGGUGUAACUUCGGAUGGUGCAUCGCUGUUUCAAGGAAUAUUGUAUUGUCCUGAAUCAAGGCACACGACAACAAUUAUUACCACUACAACUACCACUUAUCGAAUGGUAGAGGUUAGCGAUAGUGAUUCCCUAUCUGAUGAUUUUGAAUUAGUGGACAGCAGUACUCUGACAGUUGAUGUCCCUCUUGUAACUUCACGAACUUCUUCCCCAUCCCAAUACAUGAUCGUUGCAAAGAAGGAAACGGAGGCUCCACUUUCACCAGUUUUGCGGUCAACAAUGAAUAUCGAUUUGGAACUUUUCCCAAAACGAAUAGAGCGAGCCAAAGAGUUGGAUGAAAAACCUUUGGUGGAGGAGGUCUCUGUUUACCAUUCCGGCGUUUCCUCUGAUCACGAUGGCACGCAGUCUACGUCCGAAUUAGAGAAGGUAGAGUCACCUGAAAUAUACACUCAAGAAGAUAUAACAUCGGCCAGCGAUAAAGAUUAUGGGAUCAACAUCCGCAGCAGCAGUGACUUGAAAACAAUAAGUACAUCAUCAGACGACGAGGAUCUGGUCUUGAUAGAAAGAGAAAUGGUUCAAAUGACCACCAGUGAAAGCUCGAUCGGAGAUGAAAAAUAUGGUGAUUUGAAAGAAAAAGGCACGGAGGAAAGCAUACAGAUGACUUCUGAGAGAGCAGAAGAAACACAGGGAAUGACCACUGCAGAUGUAGCAAAAAUGUUCAGCGAAAAAAUAACAAGGAUGUUACAAAAGCAACCUGCCACAAUGGACUAUUCGCCGUCACAAAUGCUCACCAGAAGAGUCACACUCACGGAAACUCAAGAAGACAUCGAAACGAAAACAGUAACAGAGGAAAUAUUCCUUCGUGAAAGUCAGCUCCCUAGUACCGAUGAAGAUCAAUCAAUGCUGAAGGGUGUAGAGUCUAUAGAAAAGAAGUACUACGGCUAUCCUAGUACGUCCUCAUAUGAAGGUCCACUCGACAGCUUUAUGCGAACCAGUGACAUUUAUGGUGAACCUUUGAAGCAAUAUGUCACUGUGUACCACAGUGGACGUUCCGAUGAACCAGUACCGAAACCAGAAGAAGAACACGUUGACAUCGCUGAUGCAGCGAAAGCAUUCGGUGAA